CCUAAACCCUACGGAAUGGAGAGCGGCGAUUACGAUGUUGAGACGAAAAGAGAGAAGCUUAAAUCGGUUCUCUCUCAGCUCCUUGCUGAUCCGAUUCUCGCCGACGUUCCGAGGAAUCCAACACUUUCUGAUGUCGUCACUCUUGUCAGCCUUGAGAAGGGAAGCGCUAUGCGUCUCUCCGUCGUCAAGCUCGACGGCUCCUCCCUUGAUGUGGCGGUCAUGAAUUCAGCUACUUUGAAAGAUCUGAAGCUUUUGAUCAAGAAGAAAGUUAACGAAAUGGAGCAAGCAAACAUGGGUCAUCGCCAUAUUUCUUGGAAGCAUGUAUGGUCAAACUUCUGUCUUUCGUGUAAUAAUGAGAAGUUGCUUGACGAUAAUGCUGUUCUUCAGGAUGUUGGAAUCCGGAACAAUUCUCAGGUUAAACACCUCUGUAUAAUCCAAUCUCAAUUAAGAGUUAAUUGGGUUAUGAUUCAACUCUUUUGACAUGUAUGUUGUGUGUCAUGAAUACAGGUGACUUUCAUGCCAUAUGUGAUGAAGAAGGGUCGAGGAAGACACUCCAAGAGGAAGAAGCAUCGUCUCUUUCGUUCUCUCCACAAGACUUCUUCUUGAAGCCUUUUUAUAAUUUGGUAACCAAAACCAGUCUCUCAGCUUUAUUCACAUGUUAGAUAGCAUUGGUAGGUUUGAUUCGACUAAACUUAGGUAUAUCACUCAACACUUGAGCUAAGAACCCUGAGACAUGGCAGGAUAUCAAAUCAUUAUAUACUUGUCAAGAAUGACUUGGGGUUUUACUUAAGUAUUGAUCAAAUGAUUUGAGACAUUAGGUCUGAUAUGUUUUCGAAACUAAGUUAAGAUUCCCAGUGAUGAACAUUUUAGUAAUCUGGAACGGUGAUAAAAUGGGGCUCCCUCUUGGAUUAUUUCCGUGGAGGUUUUAGAGGAACCAUUGUUGAAGAUACUUGGCAACUUCUGAGGGUCUCUUCGCAAAAUGAAAUCUGUUAUUUUUCUUACUGUUUUGUUGGGAUUCUGAAACAUUGCACUACACGCUGAUUUCACUUUUUUCCAUUCAUCAUUGCUACUUUUGUUACUAUCACAAGUGGUGAAUUUUGAUCAGGUUGGAGUGGACAAAGUCGUCUCAGCACGGAUGAAAUCAAAACUAACAGAUUCCGUCUGUGGUUUAUCCCACCUUGGAAUACACCAGCAGCACAACACGCAGCAGCAACUACUUGUGAAUUCUGUGAUAGACUUGUGGGAGUUGGUUUAUCACAAGUAGUCAGCUUAGGAUUGAUCUUUAAUAGACUUGUGGGAGUUGGUUUAGCUAUAUUUGUAUUCAUCCGGUUCAGUGUAUAAGCAGUAAAAUUAUUGGUGGCAAUGUGAAUAACAGAGCAGAAAACUGCUAAUAUUUUCAUUAUUAAAUAAAACAGGAAACCGAAAGGAAUUUGAGCUUCAAUACAUUUUUUUACUUUAGAAAAUGUCUUGCAGCUGAAGAAGGUUUUGUAGCUGAGUCCCAACUAUUCUUGUCCAGAGCGCAAUGCCGACGUAUGCGUG